GGCGUGGCCCGGGGCCCGAGGGGGUGCCCGCCUGGCACUGGGCGGAGCCUGCGCCCCUUCCCCCGAAGACCACCCAGCCCCGACCCAAAGGGGCAGGAAAGGGGAGCCCCAACUAGGGAGAAAGAAAGGCGCGGCUUCUCCCAGCGAAAAGUGAGAUCUGGGGAGGGAGUGGACGGGCGCCCCGUCUCCCCCGCUUUCUUCCGGCCGCAUCCUCCGAAUCCGCCACGCCACAAACCCUCCCUCCGGCCUCCUUUUCUGCUCCGAGACCCUAGGGAUCCGAAGGGAUUGCUUGCUCUUUGGCGCCUCUGCCUUUUGAAAGAACCCCACGAGCCUCGAAGCAGGAGGCAAGACCCGUCCCUCUCCUAGACUUUCUGGGCCGCCUUCGGUCCGGGUCCUGCUUCCCCGAAGCCAGCAGCUAGGGAAGCCUUCCCUCUCUCCCUAGAUCCAUCCCCGCAACUUGGAGGCGCCUCGGCUGCUAUCAACAAAUGGAAGGAAGCGGAGGAGAGGCGGGGAGGAGGAGGAGGCGGAGGCGUGCAGGAGGAGGGCUUCGGUCGGCGCCCAGCCCCGACGGAGCUCUUCUUCCCAGUUGCGCUCAGACGCGCGGAGGAACUUUGCAAAGACGCCGCGAAGAGCGAGAAGCCCCUCUCUCUUGGCCGAGGGCCCGCCCUGCCUCUCCCUUCCUCAGCCGGCCCCGAGGUCCUUGGCGGCAGCACCGGCAAAGCCGAGCGAACCAGCCCGCUCUCCUUCCCUUCUUCUCCCCAUUUCCUCGUCAAACUUUCACGGAUGGGGUCUCCUCGGUGGAAGAGGCUCUGCCUUCUGGUCCUGCUGGGCUUGGCCUUCUCGGUCCUUUUCUAUGGGCACUACUACGGCGCGGAGUCGCCCACCAGCCCCAGGCUGCCACAGCAAGAGACGCUACAGCUUCCACAAGCAGAAUUGCCCCAAGAUGCCAGGAGCCAUCACCUGGUUGGAGAGAGAGUAAACCAAACCAAAGACUCAUCCAAGGAAGAAAGCCCUCAUCAUCAUAAGGAGAAGUCCAGUUUAUGCCCCUGGUCAUUAAAAUCCAAAGUGAAGAAUGACCCGACGUUUGGAAAGCAAUUUGAUUUUGAUGGCCCAGUGCUUAUGUGGAACCGUCACUUCACCCCAGAGACGUGGAAGAAGUUGAAGGAACGCAGUGUCCCCUAUGGCUGGCGUGGCUUGCCACAUUCAGUCAUUUCCUCCACAUUGCAGCUCCUCAGUAAUGCUGCCAACAUCAGGCUGUUAAAUGAGACCACCUCCCCCGAUGGCUGCGUCCGCUGCGCUGUGGUUGGGAACGGGGGAAUUCUGAAUGGAUCCCACCAAGGCAAGGAGAUAGAUGCUCAUGACUUUGUCUUCAGACUUAAUGGGGCAGUGAUCAAGGGCUUUGAGGCAGAUGUUGGAACAAAGACUUCCUUCUAUGGUUUCACAGUAAACACCAUGAAGAAUUCCCUAAUUGCUUAUGCAGAGUAUGGCUUCACCCAAAUCCCACAAGCUAAGGACAUACGGUACAUUUUCAUUCCUUCAGAUAAACGAGACUACCUAAUGCUGAAAUCUGCCAUCCUGGGCAUCCCUGUUCCAGAGGGCUAUGACAAAGGUGACAAGCCACAGAAAUACUUUGGAUCUAAUACAUCUGCAGAAAAGUUCAAGUUGCUGCAUCCAGAAUUCAUGUAUUAUCUGACAGAAAGGUUCUUAAAAUCGGAAAUAAUAAACUCUCAGUUUGGGCAUCUCUACAUGCCCAGCACUGGAGCAAUUAUGCUUUUAACAGCUCUGCAUACUUGUGAUCAGGUCAGUGCGUUUGGCUUCAUCACAGAUAGUUACAGGACAUUCUCAGAUCAUUACUAUGAACACGAGAAGAAGCCCUUGGUCUUCUAUGCCAACCAUGAUAUGCUCUUAGAGGCUGAGCUUUGGAAGAGUUUACACCGGGCCGGCAUCAUGAAGCUGUAUCAGCGGUGAAGGCAGUGUGUGCCGUGGACAAGGAAGGGGCUGGGCAGCUCCUCUCAGUUCUCUCUGUGUGACCAAUCUGGUGAUCCACAGGAGACCUUCUUUUGCUUUCAUGGGGAGUGAGGACAGGGCUGAUAACCUGCAAGUACCAAUUAUACACGAGGGACUACCAGUUGGUUAAUCCACAGAGAAUAUUCUCGUAGGAUUUGGUCAUGAGCAUGCAUAUUAAUCCAUACUAGAUGGGGAGCCCAUCCAGUGUGAUUAUCCAGGGAUGAGAGAAAAUACUACUACAAGAAACAUAAAGUCGGUUGGCAGAAAAAUGGACAAAAACAUUUGUUAACUGCUCUGCUAUUCAUGCACUUUCGGUGAUGCCUUUGUGGGGUAUUCAGUUGCAGAUUUACCAGGACAAAAAGGAAUUACGUUUUUGAGGUGUCGUGCAGUAUGAGUGUAUUUUUUUUUUUUUGCAUUUUAGCUUCCUCUCUGAAGAGAAGUCUGAUGAAGAUCAUUGGCAAAAGGGGGCAAAGAGUAUGGAAUAAUACUGUAUUUGCCAUGAUCUUGAUGUUGCACCCCUGCUGAGAACCACAAAACAGUUCUCAGAAGAGGCAAUAAUACACUAGAGCAAUUGUCUGCUCAGACCUACUGUACUCAUAAUGACUCUCUUUCAAAACAGUUCUCUGUAGCAGGACCCCAAGAGAUACAGUGUUAUUGCAGAGGAACAAGUUCUGGUACUAUGAAAGAGGAAUAAGGAAUGAACAGUUGAAAAAAAAAUACUGUUUUCUAGUAGAAAUGGUAGAUUUUCCAUGACUUUUUGCAAUGGGAGUGCAGCUACAUCCCUGGCAGCAAUGGUUGGUACAAGAAAAGAAGGGGAAAGUUGGUUCUUUCCCUUUUAAAACAGGUCAUGCAUUUCCUGUACACUUUGUUUACAAAGAGAAGUGCAUUUCCAGAAAGCUCUCAGAAGUGCAGUUAUCCUUGUAAACAAGGUACACAGGGAGCACGUGCCUCAUCAAUAAGGAGAAACAGUACUCUCUGCUGUGACUCCCACUCCACAAUACAUUCAACAGGGUUAGGGGCACAAGCCUGGGAGUGGAGUAAAACAGUGGGAAAUGUAAGUGCCUUACCUCUUUUAAAAGGUAAUGAUAUCACUUCUAUGCUAAUGAUGGCCAGAUACUCCUCUGACAUCGAUUUCAUGAUGUCUAGAGUGGUAUAGACUCAUUUCUUUACCCCAACUUGAUGUUAUAAAGUUCUUGCACUACCAUAUGAAAAUGUCUCCUUUGCUGACUGAAGAGUUGGGAUGGACAACUAUUGACUUAUUUUGCCCAAGAUCAUCAACACUGGACUAACAGCCAGCUACCUUUUGCAUCUUGCAGGAAUAGUCCACCUGUAGCUUAUUCAUUGCCGAUCCUAGGUUUUUCGCCUUUCUGAUGUACCAAACAUGACUCAGUUUGCCAUAUUUGUUCAAAUACUGAGAGUCCCCCAGUGCUGUGUGGAUGCUCUUCCUCCCAGAUCCUUAGGACAGGUACUGCAUUAAUAUGAAGCACAACACAUUAUGUAGCAAGUUUCUCUUUAUGAGCUCACUGCUCAUGCAUCCAUCAGUUUCUUUCUGAUUGAGAUUUCCAUAGAUAAUGUCAGGCGUUUUUGGAAGGUAUCAAAAGGCAUCAGGCAAUAAAACGUGGCAGAAGAAUAUGGCAACACUACAUGCCUAUGCAAAACAAAACUCCAGGAAACCUUUUACUGCCCACUGAACUGAACCUAACUGCUCAGGCUCAGUCAAGACGCCAAAGAGAGCUUUCUGUCUGAAGUGUUUUCAUUUGCUUCAGAAGGGAUAACCGACUAGGUACUGGCACACCAGUUCCCAUCCUUUUCUUGGAGACCUCAAGAGCUUUGAUUGUUUUGGCUAUGAGAGUUUUCUUUUCUUUUGUAUAAAUGUUUCUUCUCAAAAAGUGUGUGAAAAUCUUGUGGGACUUUAAUAUGCCGGUUUUAUUUUGUGGAGUAAUCCAAUCAAAUUUGUUAAUUCUAAGGUAUCACAAGUCUCGGGACUUUUUCUACAGCAAUCUAACUUGACUACUUUGGCUCUUUAAUACUAUGUAUUUAAAUAGUAUUAAAACAAUAACAUGA